ACUUCUUAAACAUCGUGUGUCUGUUUAAUAGCUUCAUAUCCGCUCCGCUCAUCACUGACCUCAGUUUAUAAUCACCGGCAUAGGUCGUCAAAUGCAUUGAUCGAUAUUAUAGCCCUAAGCCCUCAUUUCCGAUGUCCACUCCGGCCGUACAGGACAUACACAUACAAAUCGGCUUUCCCAACAUGAAGUCACGGCGCAUUCGGUGCAUGAAGUUUUUUAUUACACUCUUUAAUAUCAUUUGCAUUCUCUUCGGGUUGAUACUGAUGGCAAUAUGCGUGAUAAACAUAAGAGACAAGAAGUCGCAGCAGGAACAGCAGUCAGCUGUCUCCAGAGGGGUGCUGUCCUUCAUCUUGACCACCGGAGUGGCCCUCGUGGUGACAGCAGUCCUGGGCUGUGUUGGCGCCCUCAGAGAACAUGUCCGACUUCUUUAUGUACACGCAGGUUUCUUCAUAUUCCUGGUGGCCGUGGAGUUGGUGGUAGGAGUUGGGGGGGCGGUGCUCAGCGCCUGGGUCGGCGGCAGCAGCGAGCUUCGAGUGCAGUUCUACAGGAACGCCACCGUGGAGGACGAGACCGCUAGGUACCAUAGCUUCUGGGAUGACCUGCAAUCUGACUACCAAUGCUGUGGCGUCGACGGUCCUCAAGACUACGCCAUCAUCCACCGCGACAUCCCCGCAUCCUGCUGCGCCCGCGCACAUCCCCUCCGCGAGGGCGGCGCUAGGCGUCACUUGCACGCCAACUGCAUUACCGACCGGUCGUACUAUAUGCGCGGCUGCGAGGAAGCUCUUCGCCAAAAGAAAGCGUUCAAGGGAAACAUUUUCAUCACAACUGGAAUCAUAUUUACUUUGGUAGAGAUACUUUGUAUUGUGUUGGCGCUGUGGAUGGCUCGCACGGUGCGGUCGGAACGUCGGAAGCUGCAGGCGAAUUUACAGGCUCAUUUCGAAUCUUAAUACGAGAGUGGAAGCACCUUGCAGCUAGAAGCAAUCAGUCAAACGGUGCAUAAGUCGGCGCAGAAAAAUCUUACUUAGAUAUAAGAAGUAUAUUAGUACUUAUUCUGUAUUCAAUGUUAAGACUUGCUUUUGUAAACCACGGUAUUAGCUUUCAUUAAUUGAUAGUAUAAGAACGAAAGGUUAUGUUACCUACUUAUAAAUAACACCUUUGGCACAGUAGAAUUAAAUACUCGUAUUUUAUGACACAUAAAAUGCAU